CCUCCCUCCCCCGCCGUCUCUCUAGCCAUGCCUCCCCAACCACCGUCCGCGGCUUCCUCCUCCGCGUCCUCUGUCUCCCCACUCGCAUCACCGGGGCCCGGUGCGCCCGCGUCUGCGUUCCCAGCACUCGGCCCCGCCGACCUGCCUGCCGUUCUCGCGGACCCCAACGCCCUCAUCCUCGACAUCCGCCCGCACAACGCGCACCUCGCAGGACGCCUGCACGGGGCGCUUUCUCUGUCCGUCCCGACCACCCUGCUCAAACGACCUACCUACACCCUCGCACGGCUGGCCCCUAUGCUUCCCUCUCCUUCUGCUCGUGCUCGAUUUGCCGCCUGGCGAGACUCCUCGCGUAUUGUCGUGCACGACGCCGACGCUGGAGGCCUACCGGAGCGUCCUGCGCUUCUCGGGCUCCUCCGCAAAUUCCGCGCUGAGGGCUUCGACGAGCGCCGCCAGGUCGCAUGGAUCAGAGGCGGGAUCAACGCUGUGGGCCGCGAGCGGCCAGAUCUCCUCGAUCACUCGCCCCUCCCCGACGAAGGCGAGGAGGAGGAGGACGACGUCGCCGAGCUCGCCCCGCCAUCCAGCUCCAGUGCGCCAGCGACGUCCGCCCCGUUCCCCGCGCAGAACAUCAAGGCACUCCGCACCAAGGCGCUGCCCAUGAGCGCAUUCACCAGCGCCUCCACAAUCGGAGCACCGCCGAGCUUCCGCGCCCCGCCGGCCACGGUGUCCACUGAGGGGACCAUAGUCCCGCCUACCUCCGCUACAGGCGCGUCCAUCCUCGGCUCGAUCGCCACGCGCGGAGAGGCCGUCCCACCGACCACGGUCCCGUCGCUGCUCGCCGCACGCGCCACGAAGUUGCACAACCCGAUGAACACCCAGGCAGCACCGUCGUCCGCGUUCAACCUCCGCUUGCCGGCGUUCGCGAGUGCCCCAGGGAUGACACUCCCGCCGCAGACUGCAGCCGCCACGCAGAGCUCACAUGCCUUCCCUCCGGUCGCGGGCACAAGCAGCAUGCCCACGCUCAGCGGCAGUCCAGAGGCCUUCUCGGCGUCGGUAGCUGGGAUGAGGCCCCAUCGACAUUCCGUACCGCACGGCAGAACGGUUGCGUUCAACCCGUUCUUUGACGCGAUCCGGCAGAACCUCGAGCUUGCGCACCGGACGGAGCCGUCCGGCGAGGGCGGGCGCGGAUCGGGCAUCGCGCUGCGUCUGCCCCGCCGGGUGCGGAGACGUGUCGGCGACCUGCCGUUCGAGUGGCUCCGGGAGAUCGCGCGGCGCAGCGGGCGCACGAAGGAGAGCGGCAGCGAGAGCGAGAGCGAUGCGGACGAGGAGCCGCAGAAGGUUAGCGUCAAGAUUACCGUGCCCCCCCUCGAAGACGGCGGCGUCGACUCCGCGGACGAUUCCGCGGACGCGACGUCCGCGUCGAGCCAGAGCUCGCCGAGCGCGGAGGAGCUGACGCGCGCGCUGGAGCUGCAGUUCUACAGGAUCGAGCUGGGGGAGCAGCGGCGCCUGAUGGGCGUGAUGGAGCACCAUAGCAUGGAGAGUCAGGCGGGCGCGGUCAGCGUGAGCGCGGCGGGCGUCGUCCCGGUCGGCGCGGCUGCUGCUGUUGCAUCUAGGGCGAAGGGUGGGGAGAAAAUGAAGCUGGGAGAGGAGGACUUCCCGUUCAGCAUUACUGCGGGAUUGGAGAAGGGGAACAAGAACAGGUACCGAAAUAUCUGGCCGUUUGAGCACGCGCGCGUGCGGCUGCGCAAGGCGCGCCCGGACGACGACGACUAUAUGAACGCGAGCUAUGUGCAGCCGCUCGGCACCACGAAGCGCUAUAUCGCGACGCAGGGCCCGUUGGCCGCGACGUAUGCGGACUUCUGGACGCUUUGCUGGGAGCAGAACGUCCAUGUGAUCGUCAUGCUCACUCGCGAGGUCGAGGGCAACACCGUCAAGUGUGGCAAGUACUGGGCCGAAGGCGAGUACGGCCCGCUCCGCCUCAAGCUGAUCGCCACCGACGACACUCCCGAGCGCGAACGCCAGAAGCACGGCAGCGACUCGGACGGCGAGCGCGACAUCGUGCACAGGGUGUUCAAGCUCACGCACACGGGCUACCCGCAGGCGAAGCCGCGUGUCGUCACACAGCUGCAGUACCUCGACUGGCCGGACUUCAACGUCCCGGAGGACCCCCGCGGGCUCCUGGGGCUCGUCCGCGAAGUAGAGGAGGCCGAUGUGCCCAUGGACGACAACUACGUCGAUCCCACGACGGGAGUCGCGCGCCAUGCGAUCGGCAACCCGCCGGUGUUGCUGCACUGCUCUGCGGGUGUCGGGCGCACGGGCGGGUACAUCGCGGUGGACUCGGUCCUUGAUGGGAUCCGGAGAGAGAUGCGCAAGCGGCGGGAGGACGUGCAGCCGCGUCGCCUGCACACCGACAUGUCGCCACCGCUGCUCUCAACGUACGACGAGCCUAUCCGCCGGGUGAUCGAGGAUAUGAGGGAGCAGCGGAUGAGCCUGUGCCAGAGUUUGCGGCAAUACGUGUUCGUGUAUCGCGCUGUGAUCGAGGGGACGCUGAUGAUCGUGGACGAGGAGAGGAAGGCGGAGGAGCUGUCGCCGGAGGGUACUCGAACCGCCAAGGGUGCGCUGCUCCCAGACCGUCAAGACAUCUUCAUGGACGGGCCAAUGCACUCACUGGAGACCGUGUCUUCCGUGAGCUCGGGUGCGUCGCUGCGAGAGCGGGGCGUGUCGCGCAAACGCAGCAUCUCCGACUACAUGCGGGAGGACGCCGCGAUCGAUGGGCAUCUGUCGAUGUCGCCGGGCGGGACGAAGCGGGGCGCGAGCCCGACGGAGCUGCCCAAGGAGGGCGUGCAGGGCGAGGCGAUGUUGACGAAACGACCGAGCAUCAAGCGUACGUCGCGCAUGGACACCGUCUGAGCCUGAGGAGGCUUUUUGCCUCAUGUCGACUCGCCCCCCGGGGGCUUUACCCUCGCGUGCUUCCCUCUCGGACCUUCACCCUCGCACCUUGUUUCGCUCAUGGCUGUCGCUGGAUCCCGCAUUCAAUCAGGCCACCUGCCCCCUCCCUUACGUCCCCCCACCGUUG